CCCCAGAGGGCACUUCCGGCUCAGCGGAACUCGGUCCGCCGGCCUGGGUUCCCCGCGGGUUCCGCCUGUGGUCAAGGCCCCCGCCCCCCAUGAGCGCGGCGCCCCUGGUGGGCUACAGCAGCAGCGGCUCGGAGGAUGAAGCCGAGGCCGCCGCCGCCGCCCCCGCCGCCGCGGGGCGGAGCAAGCCCAGGUCUGGGGUCCGCCGUUGUGGCCAGAACCCCCUUCCCACUCAGAGGUUUCCAGUGCCUGACAGUGUGCUCAGCAUGUUCUCUAGCACCGAGGAGGGGCCCGAGGAUGACAGUGCAAAACAUGGGGGACGCAUUCGGACCUUUCCCCAUGAGCGGGGCAACUGGGCCACCCACAUCUACAUACCGUAUGAAGCGAAGGAGGAGUUCCUGGAUCUGCUUGACAUGUUGCUGCCCCGAGCCCAGACAUUCGUGCCCCGGUUGGUGCGGAUGGAGGAGUUCCACCUCAGCCUGUCUCAGAGCGUGGUUCUCCGCCACCACUGGAUCCUCCCCUUCGUGCAGGUGCUCAAAGACCGCAUGGCCUCUUUCCAAAGGCUGCAUUUUGUACCCCUGCUGUCUCCACUGCCUCUUCCUAGGACCUUCAUUGGGCUUGAGGUCAGUUCCGGGCAUGCCCAGUUCCUGGACAUGGUUUCAGCGGUGGACAGAGUCAUGGAGGAAUUUGACCUCACUACCUUCUACCCGGACCCUUCAUUUCAUGUCAGUCUGGCCUGGUGUGUGGGUGACGCACGUCUCCAGCUGGAGGGACAGUGCCUGCGGGAACUACAGGAAAUCGUGGACGAGUUUGAAGACUCCGAGAUGCUGCUGCGCAUGCUGGCUGAGCAGGUCCGCUGCAAGUCUGGGAACAAAUUCUUCUCGAUGCCUUUGAAGUGAACCUUGUCCCAUGCCUCUCUACAGACCAACUGAGAUGGGGGAGCCUGCUGCCGUCUGAGGGAUGCCCCAGCAGGAAGUGUGAUAAUCACCCACCGAGCACUGUUCUAAGGGGCUCCUCUCUCCUGGUCUUUUGGGUGGUAGGUUGAUAGGCUGCUGCUGUGGUGUGGUCAUUUCCAGAAAUCACCAGUAGAGGGCAGCCCGGACCUCUAAUUCUUCUGUUAGUCUAGGAAAAGAAAAUGAGCCCUGCUGGGGAGCUCACCCGCACUCAGUGGGGUCCCCCUGAGGUCUCUCCACUGCAGCGAUCUAUAUUGAUGCCAUUGGCCAUCAUACCCGUUUUUAAAAUCAUUGUGCCCUGACUCACCUCUGUCAAACUGGGGGCUCCAGUGAGUCUCACCCUUCUUUUAAUCUCCUUUAUUUAUCACUUUUUCCCUUCAUCCCAUCCAGUGCCAGAAGAGGUCAUUUCAGGGCCAGGGCACAAGGUGCUAAUUUGUGGUCAGCAGCAGUUUUCCCAUUCCUUUCCUCCCACUUACCCAGCCAGGUGCCUGGGGAGAGCCCAGCAGAUGUUUCAUUUUGGCCUGGCUCUGGCUGCCGGCCAGGCCUCCAACACCUAUGACCCCUAGUUUCCCCCAUCAGCUUUCCCAAAGAAGCACAGAGGCACCUUUCCUCCAGGCAAAAUACUCCUACCCCUGUGGCUGAGCAUUCUUCAGGGGUGGGGGUGUCGUGGGAGGUGGAGAGGGUCAGAGAGGCACAGGAGAUUUUAUUUUCCACCAAGCUCUUAUGGGGCAAAGAACCAAGCCUCUCCGGUUGUCAUGGGGAUUUCUAGUGAUGAGUGAAGAAACUUUUUUUUACAGUUUUAAAUUAUGUUCAACAAAUAAAAUCUGCCUUUCUAA